GCGUCUCCGCCUCUACUGGCGGAGACCUGGAGCUGGAGCGACCGCGGGACCGACCCCGGCCCCAGAGCUAGAGUGAGCGCGCGGUGCGCAGCGAGCCCCGGAGCCCGGCGGGCCGCAGCGAUGUUCCCCAAGGAGGCGACGUGGAACAUCUCGUUCGCGGGCUGCGGCUUCCUUGGCGUCUACCACAUCGGCGUGGCCUCCUGCCUCCGCGAGCACGCGCCCUUCCUGGUGGCCAACGCCACGCACAUCUACGGCGCCUCGGCCGGGGCGCUCACGGCCACGGCGCUGGUCACCGGAGCCUGCCUGGGCGAGGCAGGUGCCAACAUCAUCGAGGUGUCUAAGGAAGCCCGGAAGCGGUUCCUGGGUCCACUGCACCCCUCCUUCAACCUGGUAAAGAUUAUCCGUGGUUGCCUGUUGAAGACCCUGCCUGCUGACAGCCACGAGCGUGCCGGUGGGCGCCUGGGCAUCUCCCUGACCCGUGUCUCUGACGGCGAGAACGUCAUUAUAUCCCACUUCAACUCCAAGGAUGAGCUCAUCCAGGCCAAUGUCUGCAGCACCUUCAUCCCUGUGUACUGCGGCCUCAUCCCUCCGUCCCUCCAGGGCGUACGCUAUGUUGAUGGUGGCAUCUCAGACAACCUGCCACUCUAUGAGCUCAAGAACACUAUCACCGUGUCCCCCUUUUCGGGGGAGAGUGACAUCUGCCCACAGGACAGCUCCACCAACAUCCAUGAGCUCCGGGUCACCAACACCAGCAUCCAGUUCAACCUGCGCAAUUUGUACCGCUUGUCCAAGGCCUUGUUCCCGCCCGAGCCCGCGGUGCUGCGAGAGAUGUGCAAGCAGGGCUAUAGGGACGGCCUGCGUUUUCUGAGGCGCAACGGCCUCCUGAACCGGCCCAACCCUCUGCUGGCGCUGCCCCCUGCACACCCCCCUCCCCCCAAGGAUGAGGAUAUGGAGGAUGCUCAGGCGGCCACAGAGAGGGCCCCAGUGGACAGCCACUUGCAGCCACCCAUGGAGGAUCACAUCCUAGAGCAUCUGCCUUCACGGCUCAAUGAGGCCCUGCUGGAGGCCUGCAUAGAGCCCAAGGACCUGCUGACCACCUUCUCCAACAUGUUGCCUGUGCGUCUGGCCACAGCCAUGAUGGUGCCCUACACUCUGCCGCUGGAGAGUGCGGUGUCCUUCACCAUCCGCUUGCUGGAGUGGCUGCCUGACGUCCCUGAGGACAUCCGGUGGAUGAAGGAGCAGACGGGUAGCAUCUGCCAGUACCUGGUGAUGCGAGCCAAGAGGAAGCUGGGCAGCCACCUGCCCUCCAGGCUGUCAGAGCAGAUGGAGCUACGGCGCACGCAGUCGCUGCCCUCUGUGUCGCUGUCCUGUGCGGCCUACAGUGAGGCGCUGCCCAGCUGGAUGCGCAACAGCCUGUCGCUAGGGGACGUGCUGGCCAAGUGGGAGGAACGCCAGCGCCAGCUGCUCCUGGGCCUUCUCUGCACCAACGUGGCCUUCCCGCCGGAUGCCCUGCGCAUGCGUGCUCCCGCCAGCCCUGCCCCCACGCCCCCACAACUCCCACCCGCCGUGCCCCCUUGCUGA